CUCAGUUUGGUGUGUGAUCUUUGCACCUGUUCAGACUCGUCAGACAGGGCGGGGCUGCUUUUGACCCUCUCAUCUUUGUUGUUGCAGCUGACCUGCACCGUAAUCUUCCAUCUGCACUGUCUUUUAGAUGAGGGACUGGGCUGCUCCUUCCUUCCCUCCCUCCCUCCCGCCCCCCUGCCCUCCUCCCUGUCCAGCCCCGUCUCAGUCUCUCAGUCUGGGUCUGGUGGAGGCUUGCAUGUGUUGAACUCCAGAAACUUCCACACCAGGGAGGAGGGGAGGUACUCAAAAGCCAGGCAGCUCGGGGGUGUUAACACUGAACCCUAAACCACAGAACAACGCCACAGAACGCUGAGGAGGAUUGCUAUCUGGAGCGUUCGGAACUGGAACACGACGAGACACAGUUCUGGAACACGGAGGAAGAUUCCCUGGCUGGGACACUUAGCUGAGGUAUCUGGUUGAACUUUCGUCAACAGCAGAAUCCCGGGGUGGAACUUUGCAACCGUAGAACCCCGAGGUAGGGAAGAGGAUGAGGGGGGGCGAGGCUGCGCUGGUAAGCUGGGCUCUGCUGGCCGUGUGCUGUGUGUUGCUGCCCCGGGGGGGGCACAGCGCAGGGGGGGUCAUCUCCAUGGCCCCUGAGAUGGGGAGGGGGCAGGGCGGGAUGGAGGGACUCCAGACGCUGGAGGUGCAGGAGGAUCCAGGGAGAGACGAGGCUGCUCUCGAGGAGGUGGACCCCCAAGGUAGGACCAGGAGGACCAGAGAAGUCGCAGAGGAGAAGACGCUGGCAGGUAGGCUGAGAAGAGCCCCACAGGAGGACAAAGAGAAGAAGAAGAAAGACAAGAAGAAGAACAAGGAGCCGGGUGCCACGAAGAAGCCCAAGGCUGAGAAAAAGAAGAAGGAGAAGGGCCGCAAGGGCAAGGUGCCCCCCACCACCCCCACCCCCACUACCACCCCCACC